GCUGCCCAAACAGUAGUCUCUCCUUCUCCUUAUCAUCUCCAGGAUCUCAACUCUGAAUAAGAGAUUGCAGAAAGUUGAUCUGCAUAGGAGUAUCAUAUAUAUCAUAGCUUCGUUUACUUGCACUAGCUACCUAGCUACUCGCUCCGCUCUGCAUGCCAUCAGCAGCACGUAUCUACUAGCCGUACGUAGCAGCUGAGCGACCGAGGGGAGCGCGCGCCAUGAGCAACGUGUUCAAUCAUGGCCACGGUGGCGGAGAUCAAGGACAAGGCGCCGACGGCACCCUGAUGUGCUACUUCCACCCGAGGGAGCUCCUGGUGGGCGUAUGCGCCCACUGCCUCCGGGAGCGCCUCCUCCUCAUCCUCGCCUCGAAGCAGGGCGGCGGACGCGCGAGCGCGCCGGCCGACGGCGCAAGCUACCUGUCGGCGCGGCCCUACGGCAAGGCGCUCCGGCGCGUGAGGACCAGCAGCAUCGUCUCCGUCUUGGCGCUGGGCUCCUCGUUGCUCCACCGCAUCGAAUCCUCCUCCUCCCGGCACCACACACACGAUGCCGUCGUCCACGGCAACGACGACAAUAACUGGGAGGACGACGACGGCGAAGACACCGCCUCCGUCGCGAGCCUUGACGAUUCUUUCAUUUCGAUCAAGUUCGAGGACAACGGGAAGGCGACGUGGGUGGACACCCAGAACCAGAAGCCGACGAUGCCGCAUGCCGCCGACAAGAGCGCGUACAAGGCGACGACGGCGGUUGUGGAGCACGCGAAGCGUGGCGGGGCUGCACGGUGGCGGAAGCAGGUGGUGGGGCGGCUGCUGCAGCUGGCGCGUUGGAAGAGGGCGUCGGUCAGCGGCAAGGAGGCGGCAUCAUCGACGGCGGUGUGCCACGCGGCGGAGCAUCAGCGGGCGAAAGGGCGCGGCGGCCGGAGCUGGAUUCGGAGCCUCACGCGGCGGCGAGCCUUGCACGGCGAGAGGGCGUGGUCAUGACGAUUGACGAGCGCUCGUUGGGUGGCAUUCAGAUUUCAGAGUCGAGCAAGCUACCUACGUACACAAGACACGUGAUCGAGUAGCACACGAACGUGCUCCUGUUUGUGUGUAUGUCCACACCACACAUGUCCACAUACCAUACCAAUCAUAUAUUCAUAUAUCACUUCUAGCACAGAGCAGAAAAAAUGAAAUAUUGAAGAUCUUUGUUUCUUGC